AUGAUGCGCAAGAAAGAAAGCUAUACACACAUUACGCCGAUCCCCGCGAGUGUGCCCCGCCAACUGGCCCUGGAUAUCUUACAUAGCCAUGGUGAGAUCAUCACCCUCAAUCCUCUCGUGCUCUCAUACCAUGCAAUCAAGGCGCCGCGAGAUGCUGCGGCAGACGAGUAUUACUCCACAUGGUACGAGAUCAUCGAGCGAGUCCAGUAUGUCCCCGGGCUCGGCAAGCUGGGCUCAGGCAAGAUCAGUUUCAAGGGCUGUUUCCACGACACUCCGUGGGGCCUAAUCACGCACACGUUUGUUCCGUUGGGAAUCGAUAUCAGGAGCAAAUGGCGCAUCCUCGGCAACCAGCCCGACGAACCACGCAAAUUCCAGGAAUUUCGUGUAGAGGGGGCCCCCGAAGAUGGACUUUAUCUGCAGGAAGAUAUCGAGAUCAACUGCAAUAUCACGCUGGUCUCAUUUGUCAAGAGUCAGAUGAAGGCAUCGUCCAAGGUGCUGGUGGAUCGCCUCAUGAAGAAGGCGGAGCUUCUCGAUGCCGGCGUCCUGCAGGCGAUUAUGGAGGACGGGAAACUCAAGACCGUCAACCCGGCCGACCGAUCAAGCACCAUCCGACCGGAUUCGUGGGCCGCUCGAAGACAGUCAGAUCAAAUCUCGUUGAGCUCGUACCAAAUGCCCCGGUCGGCGUCUGUGUCGACGCGACAUUCGUCGAUGUCGACGGGCUCACAAUCGAUGGCCCCCUUUGUCUCCCCAAAGUACGGACAAGAUAGCAAAAACUUCGCCGUGGAAUUGCCCGCAGAUUUUUACCAUCCACAGCCCUCACCUGGGCUCAAUGAAUAUCAAGAAUUGCCUGAUUCAUCCCUCGACCGCGGAAAGACAUACACGGCCGAAAUGCCUGCAACGAGGUUGAAUUCGAAACGACAAAGUCAGCAUCGGGAUGUCAUUCAUGAGAUGCCUGAAUCACACCAGUAA